ACAUUGACGUGAUUGGUGGUGUUUUAGAACAGAUAUAUAAAUGUGCCUAUGGAGAGUCAUCAUGUGUAGUGGGUUUUAUCGAAAACACACUUUCAUUUUUGCCAGAGGCUCAUUUGAUUGGACUUGUACAAAAAUCUGUUGAGCAGACUUUUUCAAGCAUGUCAUUAUAUAAAAAAUCCGAAAAUGUUAAUUUAGAAUCAGUUUUAACAAAAAUUUUAAGAGCAUCGGAACAUUCUUUGCUGGAUAAGAUUUUAAGACAUCUUGUGUUAUGGUGCUCCUUUGAACAGUAUAUGUCUGUGUGGCGUGUACUUCUCGACGCUGUAGUUACAGAAAGUGAUAUAUACGAGAAACUUGUUGAUUCAUGCAAACAGAAAUGUACACAAUACCUUACCAAAACAGCUAAAAUCAGCGACCUGAAGGAAUUUUUACGACACUAUCAGUUACUUCUACCAUUACCCGUCGUAUGUUGUGGAUUGCACCAGACAGUAGAAAAGAACAUUUUAGAGUUUCUAAGUCAUGAUUCGAAAUUGACCACUUUUGAUUGCAGGGCUGAGUUUCUUCAUAUGAUACUAGAAGGUAACUUUUUCGAUACAACUGAGGGAAAGGAAGACUUGUUAAAGCAGCUUGUCGGUUGUAAAAGAGGACUAUUGCGGUCUUGUGUUAUUAAUCUCCUUCAAGACCAAUCUUUCCAAUACUUACCUGAUGAUUGUUUAUCUAAAAUCUUAGUAAAGUAUAUGCAAAACUCAUUACAGUUCAAUCGAAAAAAAAUUUCUCUAAUCGAAAGUGUGAUAAAGGCAUAUGAAGAUUUAUAUUCCGUAUUACAACUCCCAGUCGUCAAAAGAAAUGAAGCUAUCGGUGUUCAAAUCGACCAGAUUGUCCUGAAAGCUGUUGCAGAAAAUAAUAUCAAAGAUGUGCUGAAAGCUGUUGGGGAAAUAGAAAAGACGGAGCACUUACAUAAAAUCUUCCAGGGCCAUUUAAGAAGUAUUCUUCAUGACAAGCAUUCCCAGAAGUUACCCUCUACAGUUAUUCGGGAAAUAUGUGGAACAGAACAUUUGAGGGUAAACUCGCGUUUAACAGCUAAUAUCAUCACCAUUAUCGUAGAUCUCCUUGGAAUAUGCGAUGAAUAUGAUUUGAAAGAGGUAUUUUUGAAAGCAUUAGAUCACGCUACAUUUUGGAAGGAGAUAUUUACGGCGGAAGGGAAUCCUGUUAUACGUGAUGCACUGUUGACUUACGAACCCUGUAUGAUGGUAGCCAGAUCGAUUGAUAAUUUCAAAAAUCUACUCAAAGGAAGGCAUUUAGGAAGUUGUUUAAUAAAAAGACUGAAAAAAAAAGAAAACGACAUGUUAACACUUUUGACAUGUCGUCUAGAUAGUAAAAGGGACGAGACAAAACAAAAAUUACAAGGACAGUGGAUGAUUUGUUGCACAACCGUUGAUGAGCAUCUUACAAACAUUCAGCUUAUUCACGAAACUUUUAAAAUAUUAAGAUCAGGACUUACUAUGGAAAUCAUGCCUUCAGUCAUUAGCAAUACAAUGGUGUUUCUUCAGAGUCAACAAGAGCAAGUAAAACAAGAUGAACUCUCGGUUGCUGAUAUUCUGCAGGAAAACGAAUUCGAAGAGUACAUUCGUGAAUUAUCGGAGAGUUGUAAUUUGUUAUUGAAAAUUAUAAAAUCUCAAGUGUUUUGGAACAUAUUACAGGAGGAAUGCGGUCGAAAGACAAUAAAAGUAUCGGCUGAUGACAAAGAAGAUACGAAAGGAAAUGUUCUGAAUGGCAUCACUUUAUCAGUUCUUUUUGGAGGAGAAGUUGAACUUGAUAUGACAAAAAGCUUUAGAAUAACAGAUGCUAUAGCCUUUAUUCAAAGCAUCAACAACAUCUGCCUAGAAAGAUACAAGCAGUUGUGGACGCCAUAUUUGAGAAGUGAAAAUAGACCUCUAGAUGAGUUUAAAAGAAUGUUUUCCAAAGUCACGUCUGCAAAGGAUAUGGAACAAGAAAUAAAAAUUGCUGAAGAGUUUUGUCGGAUACGUAGUGCAAUGAAAUUAAAGAAUACUCUAUUGAAAUUUGCAGAAUUAAAGAACUAUUCGAAAACAGUCGAAGCAGUGACAAAUUGCACCAAUACUUUCGAGUUUAAAGAAAAUGUUCAAACAUAUACAAAUGUUGUAAAGUCUUUCAAUAAGUUGUUCAAAGCGAAAAAGAGCGAAGACUUGAAAGAUAUGUUUAUGGAUGAAAUGGAAGGCGUUUUGGAUAGCGUUGAAAACUUAUGCCAGUAUAUAAGUCCUGAGGUAACCGAGGUUUUAGAAGUUCUGAAGUCUGCGGUUUCUCUCUUAAAUUUCCUAAAUGAAGUAGUUGACGAAGAUAUCAGAAACUUGAUUGAUGCUGUAGAAGAACACUCAGAACAAUAUGUCAGAGAAUCAACAGUCUCAGAUUUAAUUGAAGUAAAGAGGUUUUUGUAUCCAAUCUUGAAGAAAACAUAUGAAGGCGACUUGACCAACUUCUUUUCGCUACUCAGAAAACAACUCACUUCAGGAGCUAAAAAUAUUCCAGCCAAAAUUCAUGAUUGCAGAGACAAUCUUCAUACAUUAAGGUCCUUAUAUAAAAAUGUUGCAAAUAGAGGAGAAAGGACGAAAGAAAUAAUCGAUAGCAUUAUUAAACGAGGCAAGUUUUGCUUUUGUCUGAAAGACCACAUCUGUGACAUUACAGUAAAAUAUAAACAGGGUAGGAAACCGGUGUCACAUAACAGUGCUGGCUUAAGUGAUCUACGAAGCCGUGCCCUGUUGCUAAUGAAUGCUGAAGAUAGGGAUAGAAGUAGACAAAAAACCAACAGAAAAAGAGAGAAUCUUGAAAGGUUUCUUCUAGUGGUUGAUAUAGCGUUUAACAUUUCAAGUAUGUGCCUUCAAUUAAAACAAGCUGGACACUUUGAUUAUAUGUGUUAUGAAGAUAGCUGUGACCAACACAAACUCCAUGAUCUAAGUAUGCAGUUAACACACGAGUAUGAUGAAUGGACAAAGAGUCUGAAUUUUUGCCGAGGAAAGUAUUAUUAUAUGAAUUUUAUGCAUCCUGCUCAAUUGCAACAACUGUUUGAUUACUUGCACAGAAAUCAUGAAAAUGAAGAAAUGAUUCUUACUAGUCUUCAAUUUAUAAACCGUUCAUUCAACAACAUUGAAUCUUUAAAAACGGAGUUUACAUCUUUAUCAUCUAAAUCUUCAAAUGAUGGUAUACUGCAGAACAUUGCAAUAACACUGCAGAGUGUAUUCGGAGGAUAUCAUACUCCUGAUAAACCUCUUGCUACAUAUGUCAAGGAACCAAAAAUAACUGAUAUAGUUCAUGUUGGAAUUCCAUAUAUAGUAGCUUUAGAAGAAGAAAGUCCACUUGUUAUAAGGACAAUGUUUGCUUUAUUCAUGAAUACUACUAACCAACUACCAGAUGCUAGUCAGAUCCUUUUUUGUCGAGAAGAAACUACAAUUGAUGAAAUAAUUCUUUUUUUGAAGCGUUGUACUGAUAUUCCAUCUACACAAGACCAAAGAAUUCUGUUUUGCAUUAUCAAUAUCGAAAUGCUAACAAAUGAUAUACAGAACCAAUUUGUUGAUAUUUUGCUACAUUUGCAAUCUGGAAAUUUCUUACUUUCAGUUAUUUGCCGUGGACAUAUCCAUCACCCAUUUUUAGAUCAAUUUUCGGAUCGUCUUUCCCGUCCCACACCCAUGACAGAGAGUUCAUUGAAGGAAUGUCUUAGGAGGAACUGGCCAAAUGUUUAUGUUAUAUCCUCUGAUGUUCCAGGUUUAGGGAAAACAGAAAUGGUACAUAGUAUGGCCAGGGACAAAGGAUUAUCUGUAGCAACUUUACAUGUGAGUGGAAAAGUUGAUUCACAGGCCAUUGUGAGAAAUCUUCACUUACUGAAAUUAAAACAAUACAGUGUCCUUCAUAUUGAUAUCGGUAUUACGCCGUCACCAUCUGAAUUGGAUUCAGUGUUGUUUCAGCUGAUUAUUCUUGGACAUAUAUCAGUUGGUUCAGAUGCCUACACCUUAAGCACAGAUCAUGUAUUCAUUGAAAUAUCUAAUACAGUAGGAAAGACACUUUGCAAUUCAUUACCAACAACUACUUGUUUAAAAAGGAUAAAUCUAGACUGGAACAAUUAUUAUGACUUAAAGGUGUGCAUGGAAAGAAACAGUCCAAUACAAGUAGUAUGUCAAUACUUAAAAGCGCUAGAUACAGGCCGACUAGACAGAACUGACAUAUAUCUGACAGGAAGUAAUACCCCAAAGUCCUUAAAAGCUGAUGAAUGUAGGAUUUUAUUAGAAAAGUAUUUUUCUUCAGCAGGAGAUAUGUCAUAUACUUUACUACAUAUAUUUCUAAAUGUCCUUGCAGACCAACUGAAGAAACUUUCGUCCAGUGUAUUUUUCAGGACAUCCAAUAUUGCAGUCAUGAUAGGCGAAAAUAAUCUACCAAGCGUGAAGUCCAAUUUAGUAAAGGUGCUGGUGGAAUCGUGUCAGGAAUUCGCCUGCAGAUCAGUCCAGUCGUGUCGCUUAUCGCAGGCGGCAAGUCUGCACACAUCUAGUGAGUCAUAUCGCGACAAUAGUUCAACCUACGAACUUGCACAACGGGUAGCAGGAAUGAUAAGAUGGGAAGAUAGUAAUCAUCUUAUGAUUCUUUUCCAUCAAAAUGUACAAACUGUGUCAGCGAUUUAUCGAGAUAUAGCUAAGGUUCCAAAAAACAUUAAAUGUUUAUUUGAAAGUCAAAUGAAAAAGCCCAUUGAUGAUUUCAAAUGUAAAACUCAAACAGAAUUGCAAGAUAUACUGCAGAUGUUAACUCGGAGCAAAGCAAAUAAGUUGUCAGAUAAGACUUUGGAUACAUUGGCAGCAGACUACGCACUUACACCAGAUAAUUUGUUGAAAAUGAUAUUGAUAUCACUACGAAUCAAUGCAAUGAUACCUGUUGUAAUAAUGGGAGAAACCGGAUGCGGAAAGACAUCACUGGUACGUUAUUUGGCAGAAAUAUCAGAUGUCGACUUUGAGUUGUUCAGUAUUCAUGCAGGGAUAGAUGCUAAAUGCAUAUUACAAAAAAUUAAAGAAGUCAAUAGGAAAGCUUUGAGUUGUCUACACUCAAGUACUUGGCUAUUUCUUGAUGAAAUCAAUACAUGUGACCACUUAGGGCUGAUUAAUAGCGUCAUUUGUCACCGGUAUAUUCAAAACGAAGAUCUGGCUCCAAAUCUUACUAUCCUGGCUGCUUGUAAUCCAUACAGGAUGAGAAAACACUCAACAAUUUUUACUUCCGGAUUACAAGGAAAGGUAAAAACAGAUGAACUUUCCAGGCUUGCAUAUCGGGUUCAUCCCUUACCUGAAGCGCUCAUCGAUUAUGUGUGGGAUUAUGGCAGUUUAAAUGAAAAGGACGAACAGUUCUAUAUUUCAAAAAUGGUCAACCGAGUUUUUGAUGUUAAUUUUAACUCAAUCGUUUUUGAACCGUUACUCACCAAUAUACUAGCAAUGUCGCAGAGUUUUGUUCGAGCAAAGGAGGCAACGGAUAGUUGUGUUAGCCUACGUGAUGUUGAUCGCUGCAAAAAACUUGUUCAAUGGUUUCUGCAGUUCCUUCAGAAGAAACGGACAGCAACUGGCGUCGCGUACGGUAUAGAGACGAAGGCUAUUGUACUCGCGCUUGCAGUUUGCUAUCACAGUAGGUUUGAAAAUGUUGAAGUUCGAAAAGCUUAUCGAGAAAAAAUAUCUCAUAUUAUUUCCAAAGAACAUUAUCCCAUUUCCUCAGAAGGCGUAUUGAAGAUAAUACGCGAUGAACAAAAGAACAUUUUGGACCGUAUGACCCUUCCAAAUGGAAUUGCUAAAAAUACUGCAUUACAAGAAAACGUUUUUGUAGUUCUUGUUUGCAUUUUGAACAAAAUUCCAAUAUUUCUUGUUGGUAAACCUGGUUGUAGCAAAUCACUUUCCAUCCAGUUAAUCAGAAGUAAUCUUCGUGGAAAAGAUUCCAAGGAUAUACUAUUUCAAAACAUGCCUCAGUUAUUUUGCGUUUCAUUUCAAGGCUCAGAAUCAAGUACGUCUGACGGCAUCAUAAAGGUAUUUGAAAAGGCUGAAAAAUAUCAACAGCACAAUGAAAAAGAUGUGAUUUCUGUAGUCAUUUUAGAUGAGAUAGGUCUUGCAGAGAUUUCAAGGUUUAAUCCACUGAAAGUUUUACAUGGCCUGUUGGAACCAGGAAAUAAACAAAACCCAAAUGUCUCCGUUGUAGGCAUCUCAAACUGGGCUCUUGAUGCAGCUAAGAUGAAUAGAGCUAUUCAUUUAUCCAGACCAGAUAUGGAUUUAGAUGAAUUAAAAUAUACAGGUCAUGCAAUAAGUUCCGCAAUGCUUGAAGAAAUGAAAAGCGAAACUGUGUGGGAAACUGACGAUUCUCAUGAAAAUAGAGAUAUCUCUGAUAUAUUAGAAAUGUCAUUUGACGAAAUAGCUAUAGCAUACUAUAAAUAUACAGCAGAUCGUCAGAGGUUUGCAAAUUUUCACGGACUUCGUGACUAUUACUCGUUAAUAAAGUAUGUCUGUCGUUGUCGUCAACUGUCUAGUCGAUUUGAUAAGUCAGAAACUGAUAUCAUUCUGAAAGGCAUUGCAAGAAAUUUUGGAGGUUUACCCACUGAAAUGAUGGAAAUUGUCGGAAUAUUUCAGGAAUCGGUUCCAAAUUUAAAACAAAAGCCUAUACCCGUUACAGAUCUCAUUAAGGAGAAUCUUGACGACAAUGUUUGUAGACAUUUGAUGUUACUAACAAACGGAGAUGCUGUAAUAAGUGUCUUAGAAUCACAUUUAAAUGAUGCAACACGGCCAUUUGAAAUCAUUUUUGGAAGUCAUUUUGAAGAUGACCUUAGUGACGACUACAAUUACCGUAUCUUGAGUCGUAUUAUUCUUUGCAUGGAACAAGGACUUGUUCUUAUUCUAAAGGGCCUUGAAUCAAUUUAUGGUAGUUUAUAUGACAUGUUAAAUCAGAAUUACACAAUUGUUGGCAACAAGAAGAACUGUCGUAUAGCUUUAGGACAUUACAGUAAUCCGAUGUGUCAUGUUCAUGACGCAUUCAAAUGCAUAGUUCUUGUAGAGGAAACGAAAUUGGAUUAUUCAGAUCCCCCUUUUUUAAAUAGAUUUGAAAAACAGCAAUUCAGGUUUUCAGAUUUGAUAUACAGUGAUGACUUUGGGGAUAUUAUAAGUGAAAUAGAAGAAAUGCUUAUGGAAUUGUGCCAUGUUGAAGGGUGUAUGUUCACACCUGAAAAUACUAUUCCAUCCUACAAUCAUGACCUACUAGUUUCCUUGAUAUUGUUUCUAAGAAAUACCGAGAAGUCGGAAAUCCUGAAUCAAAAACACUUUUUUGAAAUGGCUAUAAGUCUUAUACUUUGGAUGAUACCACCAGAGGUAAUGGUUCGUGCGAUGGAAAGUAAACUUUACUAUAAAAGUUCAGGCAGGGUUGAAAAUUUAUUAGAAAUGUAUAUGGAACUACCAAUUCACCAAGGUCUUUCACAGUGUUUAGAUUUAUUGUUGAUAUCUAGAUCGAGUGAUAAUGAUGGAAACAACGAACUAACGACAAGUUCAACCAACGGAGAGAUGCUGUUAUUUUAUACAUACAUGAAUAUUCAUUGUAAUAUUCGAUCACUUUUCAGUGAAGAUUCACAUCAGAUUGAACGAUUGUCUUCAUUCAAAUCAGAAAAGCAUCUUUCGGGUAAAAUUGAGGAUUUUUUUAAUUCAGAAAAAUCUGUAUUGUUGCUUCAGUGUAGUGCAGCUCUCGAUGGUCAACAUUUACUACUUUCAAAGGUCAUCGUAGAAAACAUCCGAAGAAAAUGUCAAUUGAAGCAAAAACAUGUAUGUAUGAUAAUUCAUCUAGAUAGAAAUGUUGCAAAUGAUCAGCAGCUAGUGCCAAUAAAUUUUUUGUCCGGCUGGAAAAUUAUUUUUAUUGAUGGUCUGGAAAAACCGGCAACAACAAUAGGCCGUUUUAUUUGUACAAGCAAAUACGAUAUAGUAAAGGAACGUAGGCCUCUGAACGAAUACAUUGUUGAUAAUCUAUUUUGGGCUUUUACUAGAAUAAGAUUUACGAGUGAAAACAACACAAUUGAAAAUCAAAGAUUCAUUAUAGACAAGUUGCGUUUAAGUGAGGCAGCAAUCAGUACGAUUGAGGAGUUGAUUUUGAAUUGGAUAGAAGAACAGUCGUCUAAUGACCAUUAUCAAUGGUGCAUUGAUGUCGCAAAAAACUCUCAUGAACUUUACAAAUCUGGAGCAUUAGUACAAGCAUGUGAAAACAGUAUACAUGAUGUUAUAAAAUCACCGCUUGCAAUGUACCUGUACCGUCUGCUUGAACUGCAGAUUCUAAGUCAAGUUUUUGUUGUAGAUGAAUUCUCGAUCGAAAGAACUAACAGUUGGAGAGAAAUUGUCCUUUCUAAAAGUUAUACAAGUAUAGAGAAGCUGCCUCCAGUGACAGGUCCUGAAUGUUAUUCCUGCAGUGUCACAUUUCUUCCAUUGAAAAUGCCACUUAGUGCACUGAUUAUGAACAAAAUAGAUUUGCGAAAGGAUGAAUUCAUUGACAUUAUACGGAAAAUUAGAAUACAAAAUGAUAUUGAACCAUAUGAAGACAUUCCUUUUGAGUUGUUUGAAAAGACUGUAUCUGGGUGCACCGACUUGAUUUGCCAUGAUGUGGAUGAUAUUUAUAAUGUUGUUUAUGACGGAAGGAUAGAUGAUUAUGUCCAUGAUUUCUGUUGCGUCAAUUCCUCGGGCAUUGCAAACAUCAAGGACAAACAUAAAACAAUGAAUAUAUUUUAUUGGGCACUAAAGCAUUUCAUUCAACCUCUCACUUUCCAACAGGAAGAUAUUGUCCAAGUUAUAGCAACGAUUCAUGCAGCAUUUUGGCUUAACAGCUCAACGGUGUCUUCAAUAUGCCAACUAGUAGCCCUCUCAGAACAAGUCAUCAAAAUUUCAUGGAAAGAAGCUGCUGUCGAAACAGAUUUUGAAGAAGAAGGCAUGCAUUUUGGGAGUGAAACACUUUACAUUUCGAAUCUGAGUAGACCAGCAUUUGUAGACAGUCUGUGUUUAAAAUUGUUACCAACCGCCAAAGUUAUACAUUCGUAUUCGUUACUAGCAUGGCUGGAAAUUACUCAGGUUAUUUUGCCCAUAGCAAAAGAGGUGACAGAUGAAUCCACUAUUAUGCCAGCAUUGCAACUUUGUCAAGAAAUUAUCCAUUUAGUUCUGAAAGUUGAUAACUUUAAACCCAAAUCAGUGUUUUUGCUUGGAGAACUAUUUUUGGAAAAUGAAGGACAGAUAGACUCGCCAUCCGUAUUUAAUCUGAUUUUGAGUAUCCUUCAACAGCUCCAGGUUGAAAGCAGUGCUGAUGUAUCAAAACUCCAACAGCUAUUUUGUUCAUAUGUAAUGCGGAGCCUUCUUUCCAACCCAAGCGACAAUGAGAUAUUGAAAUUAAUGUUGACCAAUAUAGCACGAGGUGCUACAUUUGAUAGUCGUUUGGCAUAUUUCGGAAAAUGUCUUGAAUUUGCACUGUAUGUAGAUAAAUCUGGAAAUGAACAUUUACUAGAAGAAAUUAUAUUAAACCAACUUAGCGAAGUUCCGCCAUUUGUAGAAUGUUUCGAUAGUUUUAUGAAAACUGUAGACCUGUUAAAUGAGGAAUCUGAUGUACUGCCGUGUCUACUGAUCGACGUUGUUCAGAAAUCAUUUUCGGAAGAUUCACUCAACACCGCGAUUCUUUUCCAGAUCGAAUCCGCCUCUCAUAAUUCUAUCAGAUGUUUUCUACAGGCCUGUGACGUUUUAAAUAGCAAGACCAUGUCGUUCAGGUAUAUAACAGCAGUAGCGUUUCUAAAGCAAUUUUUUCAGACAUAUUAUGUGGCACUUGAGCAAUGUAAACUUGACACAUCUGAAAUGCCAAUUGUUUCUCAUCACAUUAAUACAGUUGUGUCAACGAUAUGGAAAGCUAGUACUGAAGAACUGCCAAAUCCGUUGUUAGUAUAUUUGAUGAAAUACUUUGCUAAUCGUCACGGAAUAGAAUUGAUACACCGGAGUUGCAAACCGGUUCAGAAUACUUUGACAACUUUGCAAAGCAUUAAUUGGAAUAUAAAUUAUAUUGAAUCGUCUGUUGUACUCAAUCCGCUGGCUGCACACAUUGAUUUAGAAUUGGCAAACAAACUAUUGCAACAAAUCAAUUCAGUUUUGGAAAAAGAAAACAAAUUGCAAGACCUAUUAGAGGAUGAAAGAACAGUUGUUACAGCAUUGCUUGGUACACUAUCCAAACGAUUUUAUAUGCAAAAAUGUGUGAGGGAACUUACUGAUGAAGAGCACAGAAUGGCAACUGCAAUUUGUAGAAUUGUAGAUGAGUCAAAACUACCACAAAGUUGUAAGCAUAUAUCGCAGUACCUAUUAGGAAAUGACUUCGACAAUGAAUUAUUUUCAUUAUCUGUUGCAUCAGAGAGCCCAUAUCCUCACUUGGUUUCUAUUGUACUUCAUCUGUGUUGUCUCCUUUCCGUUGAGACAAAUAUGCAGAGUAUUUGGUUUAUCAAUUUAUUCAAACCGGACAAAACAACAUUGGAGGAUCUUCCAUUUAUUUACUCACAAAAUAUGUUAAACGCAGACCAAAAGAUUCUACUCUUACUCAGUUACAGUACCAUAGUAGGCUCUGUAGGCUUUCGUUUCACAUCAGAUGAAACACUUCGAAAAUUCAGUCAGUCUCGCCAACAAGACAUGAUCAAGCAGUUUGUUGAGUUACAACAUCUGCUUCAGCUGGACUCAAGCAACCUCUGCAUAUUGAUGCAUGUUGUGAUUUUGAAAUGCAACGCUGUUAUUUUUUGUGAAAAUAAAUCACUUACAACAAAAGAAAAAAACAACAUUCGUUCAAAAUGUAUUGAUAUCAUUAAACAUUUAGUUGCUAACAGAUGGCAGGUAAUUCGAGAUUUCAAGAUCAGUCAAUACGCGAUCAGCCAAAAGACGCCAUGCAUUGAAGCAUAUAUUGAAGAAAUUAUUGAACCAACUGAAUCUGUUUGCAUAGAUAAGGUCAUUUUCCGUUUGUUUAGGAUGUUACAUCCACCAACGAAAGACAUUUUCAUCAAUGAACUGUGUUGUGGGGAAACACAACAGUUUGCUUUCCUACAUCUUGUAUUUAAGAGCACGGGCAGACUAAUAGUUCCACAAUUUCUACCUGCUUUGCUUCGUUGGCAUAUGUCCGUUAUAACAUAUGCUAGUUAUAAAUUCAGAAAAGUCGAUUUCCGAGAUUUAUCAGUUCAAAAAUUCUUUAGUCAGGAAAUAGAUGACUCAAGACGUGAUAUUCUCAAAAAAUAUUUCGAGCAGUUUAAAAAAGCCUGGAAUGAAAUUAAAGACAAUUACUGUGAUGUCAUGGCAAAUACCGUUACUUCUCGUAUGCAACAGAUGAAUACGACUGUAAAAAUGGAAUAUUGUACAGUAUGGAAUGAUGAAUCAUCACUGUUACUUUUACUUCAAGAAUUAGUCCAAAUUCAUAACACUUUCCUGGAUCAAUCCAAUGAUAUCUUAGGGCAUAAACAACGGCAUAAAAAGUUCAAACUGAUACAACAAGUUGUGGCUCUACUUGAUGUCAAAAGUAAUGAAAUUGUCACGUUUAGAUGGAAUGAUAAUUGGUUAAAAUUCUGUCAAAGUGAUACACGCUAUGGAUUAGGACAGAGAUUACUAUUUGACUACGAAAAGAUUGAGGAAGAAGUUAAGAAAGAUAUUUUGAUGGGAAAAAUGAAAAUUGAGUUUCCAACUCGAUUUCCAAAGCCAGUUUUUACAGAUGAUUUAUAUCAAAAUAGUGUAGAACUUUUGUCUGAUCUCGAAAAGAGCAUACCACAACACCAACUCACGAAUGAGAUAAGAAAAUCAGUUGAUGUCAAGGUCGAUCGUGAUGCUGCGUUUGUAACAGAUCUACUCACUCAAUUAGGAAUGGUAUUGGCCCUUCUAAAAAAAACAGGAGGGGACAAUAGUCAGCCACUUAUAGAAUAUUUAGAAAAAUGGCAAAGCGUUACUGGGAUGAAUUCAAAUAUUUUUAAACGUAUAUUACCAGAACCUGUAGAUUCAGUGAAACUUGGACAUGUCGUUACAUUGUACAAAUGGUUAGAAGAACUUAACGGGCGCAGUCUGGUAGAGGCUCUAGAUGAAAGAUUUCAUAAGACAUUGCACCCUGAAGCUAAAGAAAUUCUACACCAGACAAAAAAUGUACACAUGGCACAUUUAGAAAAAUUACAACACCCGUUGUUAGUUUUUGUACAUAGAUGUCUUGCUCUUAGGAACGCAAUAAGUCAUGACCAUCCACUAGUAGAAUAUAUUUCUUCCCAAGAGCUGUGGUGGAAAGAACAUAUAAGAAUGCAGGAAGGCAACAUUGGAGUCAUUGCUGGAGCAGAUAACAAAUGUAUUCCAAUAUCAGAAAUACUGUCACCUUUAAUCUUGAUUGAAAAUAUCUGUGAAACAGUUUUAUUUGUUCAAGAAGCAAUUAAGGAAGUCACAGAGUUCAAUGUUCGAAUUUCUAACAUUUCAAAUGAUUAUCAAAAGACGAAGACGGUUCAGACAAAUACUAGGAAAAGUGCUGCGAAGCGAUUCCUUAAAAUGUAACCUUGAUGAAAAGAUAUCUUAAUUUUGGUAAAUGGAUCAAGAAAUGCAUUUCAACUUCACAAGCAGGAUAAUUCAUCCCGGUGAUCAUAUACCACUAACAAUCUUUAACAAAACAGAUAGGAAUUCUUUGUAUGUACAUUUCAAAUUGACUUACUAUGUGUUUUGUUCAUGUUUUAUUAGACUGACAUAAAUUUGUUGUUCUACUUAUAAUGAAUAGCAGUUUUGUUGGUGUUUUGUCAGGUAUAAGUAUUCCAUGUAAAUUGACAGAAUUACAGUAUGUGAAAAUUAUAUAUUAUGAAUAUUUUCUAGCUUUAAUGUGCAUAUCAGUAAUGCGGAGACGAUUGACAUGUGGAGGUAUAAAUAUUUCCAAAUAGUGACCGUAUAUAUUUAUAUUUCAAUUUAUCUUACUUUUCAUAUUGUGUAAAUUUUUAACCUAACUAAAGAAUAUAGAUCAAGUGCUACUGCCGCUAUUUCAUCUAUCAUAUUACAUCACAUAUGAAAUUUUACUAGAUUAUGAAUAUCCAAAGCUUUCAUUUUGCGGCAUUCUACAUAGUUUUACGAAUUAAAUGUCAUUUCAGAUAUUUUUAUCUAUUCAAUUGUGAAGUAUUUAGUAAAUGCAAAGUUUUGAACACUUGAAUUUUAUGUAAUUUGACUUGAAAUUGUAGUAUAUAGUUUUACAAAAAUAACAACUUUACAGAAAGCAUUAUGUUGCCUUCCUAAAAACGGCAAGUGAAAAAGUAAAGAAAAUGAUGGAUACUUGUUGGAUGGAAAUUGUAUCAUCAAUAGAUAAUUCUAUUAUUAUUUUAUUUUGUGUUCAUUAUUUCUACAUACAGAAUGUUUUUGUUCCAUAAUAUGACAAUUUCGUGUAUAAAAGAAUUCAUAACAUAUAUUGGCAAUUUUUUUUAAUCAACUUUAAUGUAAUUUUCUGUAUUUAUAUUUUCGUCAUCUGCUUAAAUUUUGUAUUUCAAAUACAACUAUAUGAGUAUUGUAAAUGUAUGGCAUAAUGCAUUUGGCAUUUUUUGAAUGAACAACAUUGUUUUAAAUCUUCAAGUAGUCGUUAAAUAAGAAUAGUAGUAACAGUGGUUACAUGCUUUAUUGGUUAUUUUCUAUCAUUGUAUAUUUGCCUUAUGUUUUUGUUGUUAAAAUACAAUAAUUAAUAAUUUAAAAUUACAAAGUACUGUGUUGGAGUUAGAAGAAUCAUAUGUACAAAGAUUAGAGUACUAAAUCUAAUUAUGUAAUACAAAUUUGUGAUUAUUUUCUAUUGUUCUUAUAUAUUUGUUAUGUUAUGUUUUGUUUCAAAAGCAUUAAGAAUAUUGUAUUUUAACUUUCAAAUUUGCAAAGGUAUCAUCUCCACCAAAAUAUCUAAAUAUAUGAGAUAUUUAUAUAGUAUGAAUGUUGCUUAAAUUUAAAUACUGUAUGUUUGUAAAUAUUGUCAUGUUUGUCUUGGUAACAACCCAAUAUUUGGAUUUUACACCAAUAAAAUGAUUUGAUUUGAUUUGUAAGUAUGCAUUUCAAUUAUCAUGAAUUCGCAAGAAUUUGCAUUCUGUAAAGAUUUGAUUUGAAAAAAAAACAACAUUUGUUUGCAAUAUGUAUGUGUUAAAUAUUUAUGAAAUUAAAAGCUAUGAUUCAUAUCAUUUGAAUGAGUAAAUUAGGAGAAUAUUUCCAUCAUUUUACGAGAUCAAAUUUAGAAACCACCUGGCUGCUACAAGCAUCCGAUCGUUAUGUUUUUGUUAACUAAAAUAUAGAUUCCCUAAUGCUUAGAGUGUAAAUAAGAAGAUUCCAUAAUUGUAUCAAGAAUUUACGUUUUGCUAUAAUGUUUGAAUUGUAUUUCUUUUUAAGAUAUCGAGAUUCCAUAACUGUAUCAAGAAUUCACGUUUUGUUAUAAUUUUCAAAUUGUAUUUCUUUUUAAGAUAUCGACAAAUGUAAACAAACUUUGUCAAAACUGAUCGACUAGUUUAUUUUUAACAACUUUACCUAUAUAACUUUGUAUUUGAUACAAUGUUAUCUCUGUUGACCUAGUAUAUUUGGUUUUCCAAAAGGUUUUGAUUACUUUUAAAAUUUAUAAUCAUUGUAAUGGACGUUUAAAUAGAUAGACAGAAACCUCCAAAAAAAUGACCAACUAUACAGGGUUAACAAAACUUUUUCAUUAGCAGAAACCAUCAAUUGAGUUGCUAACUUCUACGUUAUUUGGUCUCGGAUGGAAAGUUGUCUCAUUGGCAAUCAAACCACAUAUUCUUAUUUUUAUAUAAAUUAAGGAAAUGCCGAUUGUGGGGCAUGUUUUUAAAACUAUGACAGCAGCUAAACAGAAUGUUGUGAUGACUGCGUAGUGAAAUGAAGAUUUUGUACAUAUUUUUAAUGACAUUUGAUUUGGGAAAAUUGAAGAAUGAACAUUGCGUGAAUUGUGUGAUUUAAGGAAAAGGGAACAUUGAAAAUUUUGUCAAUAUUUUUUUAUGUCAUUUGAUUUGGGAAAUGGGGGGAGAAUGAGGAUUAUGUAAACAUUUUUUUAUGUCAUUUGAUUUGGGAAAUGGCGAAAAUGAAAUUUUUUUCAUUAUUGUUUAUGCCAUUUGAUUUGGGAAAUGGGGAGAAUGAAGAUUUUUUAAAACGUGAAUACUGUUAAUGUUAAUUUAUUUUGGAAAAGGGAACAUUGAAGAUUUUGUCAAUAUCAUUUAUGUCAUUUGAUUUUGGAAAUAUGGGGGGGGGGGGAAGAAGAUUAUAUAAAACUUAAAGAAGAUUAUGUAGACUUUUUUAUUUCAUUUGAUUUGGGAAAAGGCGAAAUUGAAUCUUUGUCAUUAUUGUUUAUGCCAUUUGAUUUGGGAAAUGGGGAGAAUGAAGAUUUUGUGAGUAUUUUUAAUGUCAUCUGAUUAUGGAAAAAGUGGAGAUUGAAGAUUUCGUAAAUAUAUUUAUCCUGAUUUCUUAUGUACAAAUGAGUAAAUAAUAUGAUAGUGGUACUCGAAUUCACCAGAGACAUAUACUACAAUUGUAUUGUAUGUCUCUGAAUGCACUAAGAAAGCUGUAUAUUUGAAAUUAUUAAUGAAAUAAAUUAUGACAAUAGAUAUCAAGAUGGUAACUUGUUGGCAAGUGAUUGUUUUUAAGACUAAAUAUAAUAAUAUUUAACAAAUAUUAAUGUUGAUUUUAUAAUUAUAAAGUAAUUUAAUAAAAAUAAAUCAUCUUCGAUUUU